AUGAAUCCAAAAAAAUGUCAUAUCGCCAAAAAGGAACAUAAGUUUCUUGGUUACAUGGUCAACAUUGAAGGGAUCUUUAUGGAUCCUUGUAAAGUAGAAGCUGUUAGAAAUUUUCCUACACCUACCAACCUUCGUCAAUUACGUAGAUUUCUAGGUCUAGCCUCCUAUUAUCGCCGAUUUAUCCGAGAUUUCUCUAAGCUUGCCACUCCUCUCCACCUUCUGUUAAAGAAAAACACUAAAGUAGGAAUAGACAUCAUUGGUCCCCUACCUCCCACCAAAAUCGGAAACAAAUAUAUUGUAGUGGCCACAGAAUAUUUGACCAGGUGGCCAGAAGCACGAGCUAUGUCAGACACCUCAGCUCCUUCGGUUGCUUCAUUUAUAAUCGAAGAUAUAAUCUGCCGUCAUGGCAGCCCGCGUGAACUACUUUCUGACCAAGGAAAGCAUUUCGAUAAUAACUUGGUUGAGGCAAUUUGCACUCAACUUAAGUGUACUAUACAAUUCUCAGGUGAUUGGGACCAAAGAGAUACCAUUCUGACUGAAGAAGUUGCUGAAAUUACACUGAAAAUUCCCCCGGUCAAUAAACAAGACCUUCAAGAAAAUAUUCUUCGGAGAGUUAAAGUUUUGUUAGAAGAAUUGCCUCAAGCACAAUUUGAUGCUAGGGAAAGGACCUUAAAAGCUCAAUUAAGACAUAAAGAAAGGCACGAUAAACGAUAUCGAAUAGAAAGUUACUCCAUUGGCAAAAAGAAACACAAAGGAAAGUUGGAAGAAAAGUGGGAAGGCCCUUUCUAUGUUCAUAAUGUUCUAGAAAAAGGGGCUUACAAGUUGAGAACCCUUGAUGACAAAGGGCUCAGAGAUUUAGAGGGUGACCCUGUGACAGUUGUCACCUGA